GGCCCAGGCGACGGAGGGAAGAUGGCGGCGGUGGUACAGAAUGUGGUGAAGCUCCUUGGAGAGCAAUAUUACAAAGACGCAAUGGAGCAGUGCCACAACUACAACGCCAGGCUGUGUGCUGAGAGGAGCGUCCGGCUGCCUUUCCUAGACUCGCAGACCGGAGUGGCACAGAGCAACUGCUACAUCUGGAUGGAGAAGCGUCACAGAGGCCCAGGUUUAGCCUCUGGCCAGCUCUACUCCUACCCAGCUCGCCGUUGGCGGAAAAAACGCCGUGCUCACCCUCCUGAGGAUCCGAGGCUUUCCUUCCCUUCCAUCAAACCAGACACUGAUCAGACCUUAAAGAAAGAGGGGCUGAUCUCCCAGGAUGGCAGCAGCCUGGAGGCCCUCCUAAGGACUGACCCCCUGGAGAAACGCAGCCUGCCAGACCCGCGCAACGAUGACGACAGCCUCAGCGAGUUCCCUGUCACCAACAGCCGUGCGCGGAAGGUACGGCAGAGAGAGGGCGUUCUCCCCUAUGUUGCAAGAGGGAGCUUCAUGCGGAUCCUUGAACCUGAUGACUUCCUGGAUGACCUGGAUGAUGAAGACUAUGAAGAGGAUACGCCAAAGCGACGAGGCAAGGGCAAAGCCAAGGGUAAAGGCGUCAGUGGUGCUCGGAAGAAGCUGGAUGCAGCCAUAUUAGAAGAUAGAGAUAAACCUUAUGCCUGCGACAAUAGUUACAAACAAAAGCAUACCUUGAAACCUCCCGACCGAGUCUGUGGGAAGCGUUACAAGAACCGCCCUGGGCUCAGUUACCACUAUGCUCACUCCCAUCUGGCCGAGGAGGAGGGGGAGGAUAAGGAAGAUUCGCAGCCCCCGACGCCCGUCUCUCAGAGAUCCGAGGAGCAGAAGUCCAAGAAAGGUCCUGAUGGCUUGGCUUUGCCCAACAAUUACUGUGACUUCUGCCUGGGAGACUCAAAAAUCAAUAAGAAGACUGGGCACCCGGAGGAGCUGGUGUCAUGUUCAGACUGCGGGCGAUCAGGGCACCCUUCUUGCCUCCAGUUCACCCCGGUUAUGAUGGCAGCAGUGAAGACGUACCGUUGGCAGUGCAUCGAGUGUAAAUGCUGCAACAUCUGUGGUACCUCGGAGAACGAUGACCAGCUGCUCUUCUGUGACGAUUGUGAUCGUGGGUAUCACAUGUACUGUCUAACUCCGCCCAUGUCAGAGCCACCCGAAGGGAGCUGGAGCUGUCACUUGUGUCUGGAUUUGCUGAAGGAGAAAGCCUCAAUCUAUCAGAACCAGAACUCCUCUUGAUCCGGUUUUGGGUUGGAGGGCAAAGUGUGGCUCAGUAGAGUAACCUCCAGUCAUUCAUUACAUACAGGGCUCUUUUACUUUUUCUGUCUCUUCUCUCUCC